UCAACUGCCAUAGGUUCCAGUUCUCAAUCACUUCCCCCUUAUCUAUUCCGUUUUCUCAAAACAAAAGAGACUCUUGCAUUUUGAGUUUAAUCACGAAACCAAAUUAAUCCCUUUUCCCGAUAUUUCCAUUUUGGAGAGAUGGCUUCAACACCCCUACCAACCGCGAAACACAGUCUUCCUUCUUUACUACAUGCUCAAACGCCUAAAACCCUUUUGUCUCGAAAGCUUCCUAAUCUUCCCAAAUCAUUCCAGUCCCAGUUUUGUGGGGUCAAGCUCUCCCAUUCAUCCAAUUUUGCAGUCCCUUCUUCUUUCAAGAAAAGCUCCAUUCUUGCUAAGGUGUCAAAGGGGUCUGUGGCUCCAUCAUUUUCAUUGAAAGAUCAAGACGGUAAGACUGUGAGCUUAUCCAAGUUCAAGGGAAAGCCUGUAGUUGUUUAUUUCUACCCUGCUGAUGAGACCCCUGGUUGCACUAAGCAGGCCUGUGCCUUCAGAGACUCGUAUGAAAAAUUCAAGAAAGCAGGAGCUGAGGUUAUAGGAAUUAGUGGAGAUGACCCAUCAUCACACAAGGCCUUUGCCAAGAAAUACAGGCUUCCAUUUACCCUUCUAAGCGAUGAGGGUAAUAAGGUCAGGAAAGAUUGGGGAGUUCCAGCUGACCUGUUUGGUACAUUGCCUGGUAGACAAACUUAUGUUCUUGACAAGAAUGGAGUGGUUCAACUCAUUUACAAUAACCAAUUCCAGCCUGAAAAGCACAUCGAUGAGACCUUGAAGUUUCUUCAAAGUGCCUGAGCAUUUCAGAAUUUUGAAAUUUAUGCCUCUUUUGUUCUUUCCCUGUAAAGGAACGUGGUUAUGUAUGAAUGCCAUUCUUCUGGGAAUUUGAUUUUGUAAAGGAAAUUCUGUAUUACAUCUGUAGCUUGUUGGUGGACUGGGCUGCUCUGCAUCAUUCCAAACUUGUGAAAAUGUUCAAUGACUUGAAUUUAACUUCAUAUGCAAGUGAUUGAGAACUUUGCUGAUGC